AUGGAGAACUACACCUAUAACAGUUUCACACUCCAGCUGGAGGGGUUAAAGGUAACAGAUGAUUCUAUGUACCCAGUGUUUUUCCUCUUGUUUUUUUCCUACCUCUCUAUCAUGUUUUCCAAUGUAGGAAUUGUUGUCUUGAUUUACAUGAAGCAGACUCUUCACCAGCCUAUGUAUCUGCUUUUUUGCAAUCUUCCCCUCAAUGACAUAAUUGGAAACUCCAUCAUGGUGCCACGGAUGUUGUCAGACAUCUUAUCACCACCUUCUCAACGCCUCAUCAGCUACUAUGAAUGUGUAGUUCAAGCUUUCACCACACACAUGUUCGGCACCACAUCUCACACAGUGCUCAUGAUUAUGGCUUAUGACAGGUAUGUGGCCAUCUGCAACCCCUUACACUACUCCACCAUCAUGAAUAACAAAAUGAUGAUUAAGCUGACUGCAUCUGCUUGGGGUGUGGCCUUAGUUUUGGUGGCUGUUCUCCUCGGCCUGACCGUAAGACUGAAUCGAUGCAGGACUCUAAUCCUAAAUCCUUUCUGUGACAAUGCCUCAUUGUUUAAGCUCUCCUGCGAGAGUGUUCUCAUUAAUAACAUCUAUGGCGUGACCUUUACUGUGGUUCUUUACAUCACCUCUAUAGGUGGUGUGGUCCUCACUUAUACCAAGAUCACAACAGUCUGCCUAACCAGUAAGAACAAGACUUUGAACAGGAAAGCCUUGAAAACCUGUAGCACUCACCUGUUUGUUUAUCUGAUCAUGACUUUAAGUGGAAUGUUGAUCAUUUCUCUGCAUCGUUUCCCACAGCACUCAGAAUAUCGAAAACUCUCUUCUCUUCUUUUUCACAUAGUCCCUGGCAUCCUCAACCCCAUCAUUUAUGGGGUGCAGUCUGCAGAGAUACGUAAAUUCUUAUCAAAUGCAUUCCAGACUAGAAAGGUUUUGCCAUUUUUUUGA